GAUUGCCGGGAACCGGUGGUUCGGUGCCGGGAACCGGCCGGUUUCACGGUGGUUCGUUCUUCGACCACGAAGGCCUGCCAUACUGCGAGACGCACUAUCACGCGAAACGAGGAUCACUGUGCGCUGGUUGCUCGAAACCCAUCACCGGACGCUGCAUCACGGCCAUGUUCAAGAAAUUCCACCCGGAGCAUUUCGUGUGCGCCUUCUGCCUGAAGCAGCUGAACAAGGGCACAUUCAAAGAGCAGAACGACAAGCCGUACUGCCAUCAGUGCUUCGACAAGCUGUUCGGUUGAAGUAACGGGUGCUGAACAUUUUAUCUUUUCGUUUUGGUGUAAGACGACUGACAAAACGGUUGUCGAAUCAUGAAAUGAAUCUUACAUUUCAUUCGAUUGCCCUGCAAUUCACUUCGUCUUCCUCAGUGCAAUUUGCCCUUUUUGUAGUUCGCUUUCCCAACUUUUUAUGUUAUGCACCAUCGAAACAGUCCGGGAGCCACAUUUUGUUCGACCAAACAAAAGCUGUUAUCGACAUUCAACUAUUCUGCUAACA